CUAAAGAGAAGUCAAAUGAGUGGUGACCCAGAUGUUCUAGAAUACUAUAAGAAUGAACACUCCAAGAAACCCCUGCGGAUCAUCAACCUAAACUUCUGUAUGCAGUUGGAUGUAGGCCUGAACUUCAACAAAAAACAAUCCCAAAGGAGUUUUGUGUUUGAUAUCAUUACCAAUGAGCGCACCUUCCACCUGAUGGCUGAGACAGAGGCUGACAUGAAUAGGUGGGUCCAGAACAUUUGCCAGAUUUGUGGCUUCAGUCAGACUAAAGGGAACACUGAUACCCUGAGAAACUCUUCUUCAGUUAAUCAUAGUCUCCGCUCUACUCCAGCUGAGUUCACCAGCUCCAGUCAGCACCUUCUCCAAACAAGGAGGUCCUCACCCCUUUUACACUCUAGCCAGCCUGCUGUGUCAAGCCACAUCCAGCCUGCCUUGUCCACCAGUGCACCUCAGGAGUAUCAAAACUUGCACCAAUGCCUAAGCCAAAGGACAGAAAAUGCCAGAAGUGCCACCUUCUCUCAGAGCACCAGACAGGAGAGUGACACAGCCACACAAAACCUUGCCCAGGGCGAUAGACACUGUAUCAGCAGAGACAGUGGUCAAGUCCAUGGCUUCUAUAGCCUUCCCAAGCCAAGCAGACAAUUCAAAGACCAUGCUUUUGACCUCCCCCAAAGCCGCACUAAGGGGAGCCUCACAGUGUCUGAGGCAGAUAAUGAGAAUGAGUACACCUUUAGCCACACUAAGGGGAGCCCCACUGUGUCUGAGGCAGAUAAUGAGGAUGUGUACACCUUCAAGGUACCCAGCAAUACCCUCUGUCGGGAAUUUGGAGACCUCCUAGUGGACUCAGCCAUAGCUCCCCCACCACAGCACCCCAAGAUACCUUGGUGUGGUAACCCUCAACAAAGACCUCCAGCCAAUGACUACAAGUACCCAAUGCGAGGCAUAGAAACCGUCUGCUGGUCUGCUAAAUCCCCAAAAAGGACUAUCAUGGGUAAAUCACACAGCGGCAGCUCUGAUGACAACUGUAUGCCCAUAAACCUAGGUUCUUCUACCCUGCUGGCUUUGGAACAAACAGGGGACAAUUCCCACAGUGCCUACAUCCCCAUGAACACAGUCCCCCAUCACUUUGACCCACUGGGCUACCCAUCCACAGCCCUUCCUAUUCAUAGAGUCUCCAGCGGAGAAAGGGAAAUCCAGCCACCCCCAAUUAAUCGCAACCUCAAGCCUGGCCGAAAAGCAAAGCCACCACGCCUUGACCUGAGAAACAACACUGUCAUCAAUGAGCUCCCUUUCAAGUCACCUGUCACCAAGUCUUGGUCCUCCCAGUACUGCCAUUCCAUCUCAACACAAAACAUGACCAACACAGGCUCCAGAGACAGAGAGGAGAACUAUGUCCCAAUGCAAAACCCAAUGUGUUCAUCCCCUGUACCCAGUGGCACUAACAACCCUGCUUUAAAAAAGAAUACUGGCAAUGUGAAAUACAUAACGCUGGACUUCCAUCCAGUCUCCCUGAGCCCUCAUCAUAAGCCAUCCCCAUCAUCUGUCACAUCAGAUGAAAAAGUGAAAUAUGUCCAAAUAGAUAAAAUAAAGACUCAGGCCCUACAAAAGACAAUAGAGGAAUGGACAAAGAUACGACAGUCCUCAAGACCCUCCAAAGAUGCCAAGCUAUGGUAA